AUGCGACUUCAUCACCGACCCCUCUACGCAUUGACCUGUGUGAAGCACACAAAAUUGCUUAAGUUUGGAACUGAAUUCUCCUCUAAAGAUGAUGAGGAUGUUCCCCUCAGUCUCUCACAAGCUAUUCGGGCGAAUGAUGUUGCUGCCGUUACUCAAGCACUUCAACGAGGUGUGAAUCCCAGUGAAUUCGAAGAAGGUGGUACCACAACUCCACUUGUAGAAGCCGCUGUUCGAGGUUAUGUGGACAUUAUGGAAGUGCUUUUGUUGCAUGGUGCAUCACCCUUCCUCUCCGACAUUCUUUACAAUACUGCACUCCAUUGGGCUGUAGCUAAUUGCCACAUGGAUUGUGUUGUGCUUCUCCUAGAUUAUGGAAUCACCAUGGGAAGAGUAAAUGGUAGCCUUCGUAACCCUUUAAUGCUAGCCGCUUACUAUGGUCACGAGAAGAUUGCCCAAUGUCUUAUCGAUCGUGGAGCAGAAGUGGGUUGGCCAGUGAGUGAACAUUAUGAAUCGGCACUGACGAUCGCCAGUGAAAAGGGUCAUGUUGAAAUUGCAAAAAUCCUUCUAAAGGCCGGGCACAAUGACCAAGACCGAAGCAAGGAACUGCAUAUAGCUCUAAUAAAAGCCGCAUCCACAGGUCACCUGGAGGUGAUCAAACUCUUACUGGAUGAAGGAGCUGAGGUCAAUGGCUGUCAGUAUGACAGUGAAAUACCCAUAUUCGCAGCUAUCAACGGUGGCGAUUUGUCUAUUUUGAAGUUGUUAAUUGCUUAUCACGUGGACGUUGAAGAACGGAACAAAGAGGGUUACACACCACUCAUGCUUGCUGCCCAAAAAGGUGCUGCAGCGAUGGUUACUGAGCUAAUAGAUGUUGGUAAGUUAAAGUAA